AUGGACGCCGUAGAGUCGCCCAAUGCCACCUCCGAGUCGGGAACCCUCAGUCCGGCACACUUCAACCACUCACGCAAGCGGAAACACUCGGGCUCAACAGACCGUCCCACACGCGAGUAUGGCUUGAUGCGAGACACGGGCAAGCAUGACACCGCCCGCUUCGUUGGCUCCGGCAGCGGCAUUCACUUUAUCCGGGGCGUCUACGUGAGGCUGGCCCGCAAGUCCGCCCUCAGGACAUCCCAGUCCACCAACAACAUUAGUGACCUGGUCCCCGGAGAAGACGACCAGCUCCAGCGAGAGACGUCCUCGCGUGAUGGAGACGAGCAAAACCUCUGGCGCAACUCUGAGCUGAUACCAGAGCCUGAAGGCGAUGACUUCAAUCCGACCUUUGAGCAGCUCGUCGACUGGUCGAGGAGCUACUUUGAAGCAUGGCACCCGACGCUUCCUUUCCUCAGUGCCCCAGAUGUACUCAACUUCUUCGAGGAAGUCAGUGCUGGCGGCGUGGCUGCCCUCGGCCAUCUCGAGCGCUCGAUUGUCAAGUCGAUACUAUCCAUCUCUCUAGCUGACAGUCGCCAAAAGGCCCCCUUCUCUCAGCCUAUACCAGCUUCUCUCGUCUUCCGCACAGUCGAGGAGGCGAUGUCGGCGUCACAAUUCGCCCUCUACCAACCGGCUUCGAUCCAGGCUACACAAGCUGCUCUCGCCAUCCAGCUGUUCCUCGUUUCCAUGCUGAGACUCAACUCGGCAUCGCGACUAGGCGGUUUGAUUGUCAGAAUGUCUUUCCACCUUGGCUUGCACCGGUGCCCCUCGAGAUACCCCUUCUUUACCAAAGAGGAGGCACACAUGCGCCGACGCGUCUUUUGGUGCAUAUACUGCACGGAGCGAUUCUUGUGUCAAGCUCUAGGCCUUCCGUUAGACAUCCGGGACGACGACGUCGAUGUGUGCUACCCCGGCGAAGAAAAGCACGGAACACUUGCCGACGCAGAAGACAACAGGUUGCAACUUCUCACAUACUUGGUUAAGCACGCGCGAAUACGAGGGUUGAUCUUGGAGUUGCGAAAUAAAUCAAUACACUCACGCGACGAUACGGCAGAUCGGUCUAGUUACGUCCAAGCAGAGCUUGCAAAAUGGUCAAACGAGAUCCACGACGCAGUUGAAGACGAACAUACCCAGGAUGAAACCUCGCCACAACCGCCAAUCUCUGCGGGACAUCGGAUUUUCUUGCUGCUGCUAAAGUACGAGUCCAUGAUCUCUCUAAAUCGCCCGAUGAUGACGUCCGACCCUUCGAGCCCGGCGUACUCAGCCGGUCUACAAAACUGCAUCUUUGCAGCCAAAUCCAUCUUCAUCGCGUUGAAGAGGCAUCACAGUCAGAAUAAGUUUCCGGGGGACCCUACUAGCGCCUGCUUGCUUGAACCGCUGCUUCAGCCGUCAUUUACAUGGGCCGUCUGGAUUAGCGCAUUUAUUCUUAUUUACGCUGGCUUUGAACGGCAACUCCCUCUAGCCAGUGCGCUCAAGCACGUUGAAUCAGGCAAGGAAGUUCUCCGUCACAUCGCCUCUCGCGACACAUCAUGGCCCGAGUACUGCCUCUCCGCAGUCGACGAGCUCACCGCAGCCGUAAGAGAAUUAUCCGUCCCGAACAACCCGCUCAGACGACAGCCAAUCACCAGCAACCUCGCACCGAACAGCCAUCUUCGAACAGACCUCGGUCAGCAGGCUCGACCAAACAGCAGCUCAAGCAGACCCAGAGGCCUACGAUCCGACUCAACAAACACCCAACCAACCGGAUUCAGCCUCCGAGCCCGCUUCUCCCCCUCCGUGGCUGCCUCCUCAGGCCGACCAGACGAGCCGGGCCUCGUCGCACCAGAUAACACAAUCUGGUCACAGAACCAAAGCGAUGGGCUUUCGGGCGCGGCGGAUGACCAGUCCGGUCGAUGGCCCACGCAGGCUUCCCCGGCGUCGGGACCGUCCGUGACCGCGGGGUGGAACGCGAGCACGCCAGGCGCCCAGUCUGGUUUCCAAGCGACUGCGCAGCAGGAUUCUCCCAACUUUGACAGCCAGCCGUUUUCGCUUUCGCUGGGCGCUGCUACGUCGUUCCCUGCGAUGGGGACUUCGGAGAAUGCGCCUGGCGAGGGGCAGGAGUCUAUGGUUUGGUAUGAUCAGUUGUUUGCUAAUUCUUUUGGGGCGAUUGAUUAUCCGUUUCUGGCGGCGGCGCAGUUUGAUCCGUCUGUGGAUCCUACGUGGUCGUAUUUGCGGUAA